AGGGAAGACAUCAAGCAUGCCCUGGGAGUGGGAAUAAACCAAGAGACUGAGGCAGACGACAGGGACAUUGGAGCGAGAGAGUUGAGAGCCGGAGCCAGGGACAGAGAAACUUGAGAAACGUGGAAAGAUCUGGAGAGACCGAGAGGGGAUGGAGAAUGCCAGCCAGAUGGGAGUUUAAAAAACAAUAACAGUAAUAGUAAUGGUGAGACAUACAAGGAUGGGAAGACAGAGCGAGGGACACAGCAGUGCUAGGACCUCAGACACCCCUAGGAGGAAUAAAUAUAGGGGACACUGAGGCAACACGGAAGGUGAACCAGAAGCCCUGAAGACUGAGAGAUCAGGAGGCUGGGGGACAAGGAAGGGACCCAGAGCUCCAAUAGGAGACAGGACUUCGUCAGCUAGUGAGUGGUGGAGGCAAGCGGUGACAGUGUCCUCAGCUUGGGGGGGCUGCGUGGAGGUGGACUCCGAGACGGAGGCCGUCUACGGGAUGACCUUCAAAAUCCUGUGCAUCUCCUGUAAGCGUCGCAGCGAGACCAGCGCCGAGACUUUUACAGAGUGGACCUUCCGCCAGAAGGGGACAGAGGAAUUUGUCAAGAUCCUACGUUAUGAGAAUGAGGUGCUGCAGCUGGAGGAAGAUGAGCGCUUUGAGGGCCGCGUGGUGUGGAACGGGAGCCGGGGCACCAAGGACCUGCAGGACCUGUCCAUCUUCAUCACCAACGUCACCUACAACCACUCUGGGGACUAUGAGUGCCAUGUCUACCGUCUCCUCUUCUUUGAUAACUACGAGCACAACACCAGCGUCGUCAAGAAGAUCCACCUGGAGGUGGUGGACAAGGCCAACAGAGACAUGGCGUCCAUCGUGUCGGAGAUCAUGAUGUACGUGCUUAUUGUGGUGUUGACCAUAUGGCUCGUGGCAGAGAUGGUGUACUGCUACAAGAAGAUCGCCGCUGCCACGGAAGCUGCUGCACAAGAAAAUGCCUCGGAAUACCUGGCCAUUACAUCCGAGAGCAAAGAGAACUGUACAGGCGUCCAGGUGGCUGAAUAGUGCUGGCCCUGGGCUUCACCUCAAGGAAGAGCCAGCCCUGACGGGUAUCCUCCCCCGCAGUGGGGAUCAGCCCCUGAUGGGUACCCUCCCUCGCCUGUGGGGGGUCAGCCCCUGAUGGGGACCCUCCCCCAGCAAUGGGAGUCAGCCCAUCGGUCUCCCCAGCCUCACAAUCCUGCAGAGGAGCCACCUGGGUGGGAGCGGGCAGGGACUGAUCCCACCUCACCCACCGCCUCCCGCCCACCCUCCCACCGCCAUGCAUGACGGGUGAAGCAAUAUGGCCGCCCCACCCUGCUUUUGCUGCCUGUUUGGGGGAGGGGGCGGUGAGGCGAGGGGGCAUGCCCCGCCCCCUUCUUUUUGCUGAUUUGCACAUAGACCACUUCCCACACGCACUGCCAGGCCAGCCUGCUCCAGCCCUGCUUGAUGGGGUCAAGAGGGGCCGGGACAGGAACAGUCGUGGGCAGGGGGUUCUGGGUUUCAUCUCCCUUCCGCUUCCUCCGGCUGGACCUGGGGUUCCCUCUCCGUGACACCUCCUAGACCUGGCCCACCCGCCCUCUCUCACCAGCCUUCAAUUGUGGUCUCUCGGGAAGGGCCUCUUCGGCCUCCUCUCUUUACAGAAGUAGUUUUGUUCAUGAAAUAAAGAUUCUUGGACUCGA